AUGACAGUAUCAGUCGACAACCCACCACCACAGGCCAAGACCAGCCGGCCACGAUGGAUGCUCCACGUCCAGGCACAGUUCUGGCGCGUCCUUAUGGGCAUCGGUAUGAUGCUACAUCGUCUCGCCCGACCACGACCACCCAAGCCUGCCUUCCAUAGAGACAUCGAUGCUACCGUCUCGCCCUUGAAAGGCAAAUUUCGCCUCAAUUUCUACGUGCCCAAGGAAUACAAGAAGCAUAAGAAGCUGAAGGGUACUAAGAGAUACCCUGUUGUUAUCAACUUCCACGGAGGCGGUUUCGUUCUGGGCACCGCGCACGACGAUGCGCGCUGGUGUGGAGUCGUCGUCGACGAGGUCGGAGCCGUCGUCGUCAGCGUCGAUUAUCGUCUUGCACCAGAGAACCCGUUCCCUACGGCCGUCGAGGAUGGUGCCGACGCGGUGCUCUGGCUGGCACAACAUGCCGACGAAUUGAUGCUCGAUGCCGAUCGCUUCGCUAUAUCGGGCUUCUCCUCGGGAGGAAACAUGAGCUUUACCGUUCCCCUGUGUCUGCAGGGCGAGCUCUUCGACCGAACUACGUCUGGCGCCAAGAUCAUCGAUAACCGCGCCGGUAACGUUCCCAAUGCUGGCCUCCAGCCUCCUCCCGCCUUCGGCCAGAACCUCACCCCCAACGGCUCUCGUGUUCCGCUCGUGCGCCAGAAGUCUCGCCUCGACCGUAUUGCUAUGCUCCGCCAGACAGGCGCGUCCUCGCUAUCCCUCGUAUCCUCCUACAAAGACACCUCGGGAGUGUCAGUCAUGACAGAAGCGUCCAACACUGUUCUCAAGAUAAGAGGCAUAGUAUCCUUCUAUCCACCUACCGAUUACACAAAAACGCGCGCGCAGCGUCGAGAGACCUGCUCAAGGGUUGACCAGAACCUUCCCGCUGUCUUUACCGAUCUCUUCGAUGAUUCCUAUCUCCAGCCACCCUCGCUCGAUCUUGCACACCCAUGGCUCAGCCCCGGCAUGGCGCCAAAGCACAUGCUCGACGCCCUUCCUGACGACAUUGUCCUCUUCUGCUGUGAAUGGGACAUGCUUCUCGCUGAAGGUGAACGAUUCCGUGACCGUCUACAAAAGGAUCUCGGAAAGCGUGUACAUUAUCACUGUGUGCCUGGUGUACCGCAUGGCUGGGACAAGGCCCCUAACCCUCUCAGGGAGAGCCCUGGUGCUCGACAGCAAUAUAUGGUAGCGUGCAAGGAGCUGAAGCGUAUGUUUGACAUUGAGGACGAUGAGGAAGACACUCAUCAAAACUUGCCAUGUAAGAAAUAUCAUAAGAGCGUGGACUUGGGCAGGGCGGAUCAGCAGGCGCAGGCUCGAGUGUAA